AUGGCUUCAUCUUCGCAUGAUCUUGAUGUAAAUGAAUAUCACGAAGAAAUUCUUCGUCAUUAUGUACGUUUUUCUCGUGAACAAAAAACAACUGGAUUACGAUCGUUUCACUCAGCAGCUGAAGAUUUUAAAACUCAACGUUUAUCUGAUGAAGCUAUGAUGACAGUAAACGAAGUUAGUGAUCUUUUAGAAGAAUUUAUUGAUAUAUUAGAAAAAGAAUUUGAACAAGAAUUUACACAUCAAUAUCGUGUUAAUACACUUUUAAUUAAACAAUUAUUUCAACAAGCUGAACAAUGGUUUCUUAAAUUAAAUCCAAAUUUUGAUCAAUUAGAAAAUCGUCGUUUAAUUGAUCUUAUCCGAGAUUAUGAACAACAACAAAUUAAUACAAAAAAAUCGAAAACAAAUAAAGAUAUGAAUACAAUAAUGGAUCCAAUUAAUGAUACAAAAUCAACAAUACUUUUAAAAACUGAAAUUCAAAAAUUACAGCAAUUAAAUGGAUCAUUAAAACAACGUUUAUCAAAAUAUGAAAAAGAUGACGAAUUUUUAAAUCAACAAUUAGAAGAACAUACACGUUCAUUUAGUAAUAAAGAAGCAACGUAUACUCAACAAAUCGAACAUAAUGAAAAACGUUUAAAAGAUGUUCAACAGGCAUUAGCAUUAGCUGAAAAUGAAUUAGAAAAAAAAUUUAAUCAAACAAAUACAUAUAUGAAUAUGAAAAGAAUUAUUGAACAAAAAAAUCAACAAAUUAAAGAAUUAAGACAACAAUUAGCUGGAAAUAAUGAAGAGGAAGAUGAUGAUUAA